UUGCCAUCUCUGACCCUGGAAAAUAUUCAAAUUUGGCCUGCUGUAAUGAAGUCUUCACUGAAGCUGCCUUUUGGGUCCUGCAGCUCCAAAGGGAACUCCUGAUUUUUUCCCUGUGGCAGUUGUAAAUCAGGCAUUCCUGGAGAAAAUGGCUGUUCCACCUGCUUAUGCUGACCUGGGAAAAUCUGCCAGAGAUAUUUUCACCAAGGGAUAUGGUUUUGGGUUAAUAAAGCUUGAUUUGAAAACAAGAUCUGAAAAUGGACUGGAAUUUACAAGCUCCGGUUCAGCAAACUCAGAAACAAGCAAAGUCAGUGGUAGUUUGGAAACAAAAUACAAAUGGGUGGAAUAUGGACUGAUGUUCACAGAAAAGUGGAACACUGACAACACACUAGGCACUGAGAUUACUCUUGAAGAUCAGCUUGCACGGGGCCUGAAGCUGACCUUUGACUCCACCUUCUCUCCUAACACCGGGAAAAAGAGUGCUAAAAUUAAGUCGGGGUACAAAAGGGAACACAUCAACAUUGGCUGCGACAUGGAUUUUGAUAUUGCGGGUCCUUCAAUACGUGGAGCUCUUGUGCUUGGCUACGAGGGGUGGCUGGCAGGCUACCAAAUGACUUUUGAGACAGCAAAGUCUAGAGUAACCCAGAGCAACUUUGCUGUUGGCUAUAAGACUGAUGAAUUCCAGCUUCAUACUAAUGUGAAUGAUGGAACAGAAUUUGGUGGCUCCAUUUACCAGAAGGUGAAUGAUAAACUGGAAACUGCUGUGAAUCUUGCUUGGACAGCUGGAAAUAGCAACACUCGCUUUGGAAUAGCAGCCAAGUAUCAGAUUGACUCAGAUGCCUCUUUUUCUGCUAAAGUGAACAACUCCAGUCUGAUUGGGUUAGGAUACACUCAGACUUUAAAGCCAGGUAUCAAACUGACGUUGUCAGCUUUGCUGGAUGGCAAGAAUGUCAAUGCAGGAGGUCACAAACUUGGUCUAGGAUUGGAAUUUGAAGCAUAAGGAGUGAUUUCACAAUUGCUAAUCUGAAAAUACAGCAUAGCUACCUUCAGAAAAUAGUGUACCUUUCAGUGUUUUGUCUGGGGUGCAAGUGUUGCUACGUAUCUGUCCUGCUAGUCCUGGUUAAAGACAGCUAAGCUUUAAAAAUGACAUUGUUAAAGAAGUGGAGACAAAAUCACAAAUGAAAAAUCCUAGCUUUUUUUCCUUUAUGUAAUUGCUCAUUACAUCUGUCAACUGCCAUGUGACAAGAAGAAGGAAGGUGUUGAUUACCUCUACUAAUAUAUUGAUGGCACAAGGAAUGUGUUAAUGUAUUAUAAAACAUGGGAAUUGCAGACCACUGUGUUGUACUGUUCAUUGUGUAAGCAAAAUGUUCAGUCAUCGAAGGUUUCAGUCAAUGAGGGAAUGUGCAAACUUGUCUGAAAAAGGGAUUUUAAAAUUAAUUAUUUUAGAUAUGUGUUUCAUCAAUGAUUUGUCUUACUUGGUUAUCCCACACCUACUGCUGUCUCCAGAAUGCUUUAGGUUGUUCACCUUGUCCAAGUUUUUGUGGAGGAGACUUGAUGUGAAUCAGCGAAUACUGCCUGUCCUGUGUUGUGAUUCCUCCCCCUUGCACUGAUGGAAAAUCUUGUAAAAUGGACAUAAUCAGGGAAGAGUCUUUGCAACUGCAAUCACAUAGUUGCAUCACUAAUUCUAAAAUGGAGUUUUCUUUUAUUACCACUUUUUUUUAGCAACUAAGUGGGUACAUUUUUAGAGAGUCUUCCAUUUUGUGUGGAACUAGACCUCAAAAUGCUGUACUUGACACUACUAAAAAUGGAUAAAAACCCUAAACCUGACUUGAAUAAAAUACUGAAAUGUCA